CGAUUGACAAGCCAUCUUCCACACCCACGACAGCGAGCUUGGUACUACGAAAAAGCUGUACUUAACCCGUCACAAACAGUAUCCAGACAUUUAUCGCUCUCAAGGUAUUAUGGCAUCAUUAGCUAGAAACGCCCCUCGGGCUUUUAGAUCGCUCUUCCCAUGUGCUCCGUCACUCUCAAGAGCCUCCCCCAGAAUAGUAACAACAUCACCAAUACUACGAUCAUUAAAACCAUACUCGACCCAACCGCCCAAACCCAGAGUGACCGCCGAAGAGGCUCGUCGGGCGAUGGAAGCCGCGCGAGCCGAGAUGUACAAGGAGAGAGCAAAGAAGAGUAGAAGUGUCAUGCUCUACACUUUUGGUACCGUCAUCAUCGCCAUCGGCGUCACCUACGCCGCUGUCCCUCUCUACCGCGCGUUCUGUGGUGCCACAGGUUUCGGAGGAACCCCCAUGACAGACUCGUCCCGAUUCACCCCGGACCGACUGUACGUUACCCCCGAGACUGCCGACCGCAAGCGUAUCACUGUGCAUUUCCAAUGCCAGUCCGCCGAGGCUCUGUCUUGGAAGUUUGAGCCAGUGACGAAGAGUGUCAAGGUGCUGCCUGGAGAGACGGCGUUGGCGUUCUACAAAGCAAAGAACUAUGGAGAUAAGGACCUUAUUGGUAUCGCCACUUAUAAUAUCACACCCGAGAAGCUUGCUCCCUACUUUGCCAAAGUCGAGUGUUUCUGUUUCGAAGAACAGAAAAUCAGAGCCGGGGAGGAAGUCGAUCUUCCAGUGUUCUUUUUCAUCGACCGUGAUCUCGUGGACGAGCCUGCCCUCGAUAACGUUGACGAUGUGGUACUCAACUAUACCUUCUUCCGCGCGAGAAGGAACGACAUGGGCCACGCCGUCCCCGAUGCUCCAGAGGACGUUAUCCAAAAGUCUCAAGGAUGGGAGAACGUACCACUUGCCAAGAAGGCAGAAUAGAGCCCCAAUACCGCAAGAGCAAGCAAAAGCAAGUGUCAGCAUCGACCGCAUCAUCUGUACACUCAUCAAUGCAUGUACAUACACUACUCUUCUGCUUACGCUCGGGAGGUCAGUGAUUGAGGGGCGUCACGAUCCUUUGUGAGGAACCAUUUCCACCGUCGGGGUUUGAGACAGCUGUGCGUAACGGUUUUAUAGGUACUCGAUUGGCCAAGUGGGCUCGCACCGCCUUGCUACAGAUGAUGGCAAGUCUCCUUGAGCGUAUAUCCAGCUAUCACUAUCUCGUGCUGGCAUGAUGCACUCUGUGCUAUACAUGGGCUUGGA